AUGUCUGCUCGUACUCCAUUCUUUGCGGCGGGGGGAGCGACCCCGCAGCAGGCGAAUCAGACCAAUAGUUCUUCUUCGUCUGUACACGACUCCUUCCGUCCGAACGGUCUCUUAUCCAGCUCCAUGCCUCACACUUCUGAUGCUUCUGAAGAUCGAACUGCCUCCCAGAAAUUAUCCGACAAAGUGGUUCGGCCUGAAGUCGACGCACUUUCUGACAUGUUCGGUACAAACAAGCCUCUUAACAUCUCCAAUUUCGCGAAGAAAACGUCUAUUCAACCCAACCGUCUUCCGUCGAGGACCAGAAAGUCUAUCGAGAAUACUUCCACUCGCACUUCCUCGCCAAAGCCCUUCUUGUCGGCUCAGCAAGCUCAUCGGCUUACCGCUCCUCGACCAUCGUCACCCUUCUUUGCCGGCUCGUCCGGCUUUGUCAACAUGAACAGUUUCAGGGCUCCGACCCUCCCAGCUCCUUCGAAACUUCAGUCAACGACUUCUGCAGAGGAAUUUGGCUCAAAUCAAGCGCAUAUACCCAACUCAGAGACCGAGUCGACUCUCUACGACGGCACUGAUGGACAACAUGUUGCAGAGAAGCAGUGCCAGCCCACUUCCGAGAACUUUAUGUACUCCCCGCCAUAUGGACCUGCUCUUGCUCAAAGCCGCGCACGCACAGCAUCCCAUCCAUCGCUCGAGAAGAUCCAAGAAAGCGUUGAAGAAGAAGGUCUGGAUGACAUCGGUGUACGAGAGCGGCUCACUGCCGACAGCGAAGGAUCCGAUUCAAAGCACUACACCGCACGACUGCCCCAGGAAGGCCGCGAAGAGCACUACGGCCAGACCUUGAGAAGGACUGUCAAGCGCAUACAACGACCCGAUGAAGACGAAGACGAGACCGAUUACGACAACACAACGAAGCGACACAAGAUUGAUUCGGCCAGCAUUCUUUCGGCACCUUAUUCUCGCAUGAGCAGUCCCGUGGUGCUGCACGUUCCUCAAGCUCGUAUGCCCCCGAAUGCCCAGCCAUCGCUCGAGUACCGACCGCCGUCUUCGGCGCACUCGCGGGGAGGCGAGAUGCAAGGCGCGCAUCAGGAACAAGAUGGCCAAGGACACGCGCUGCGUUCUCUCCUGGGACAAGAACUGGAUGCUUAUCUGAGAAUUCACGUGGAAGCAUACGAAGAAGCGAAGAAGAAGUAUUCAGAAUGCUCCUUGGAUGACUGGAAAGCCGCUGCUGAAGAGAUAGCGGGCAAGUUUGCAAAGAUGAUUGAUUUCGUCAAAGACCAUAUGAACUCCAAGCUGAUCUUGUACGCCUCUCUGCAUUCUGCAGUGGCCGACCACCGGGCGAUCCUUUCGGAGCGCGAGCAGACAUUGAAGGGAGCUCGGGAGAGUUUAGUACGGGAGAGCGGAAAUGUGGUGGGAGGACAUACUUCCGAUGGGCAGAAACAGGGAGAACGGGAGGGCUAG